GAUUAAUAGAGUGAACAGAAAUUUAAAGAGUGAAAAAAAAAAUCCGGGAUUUAGUAACGCAUAAUAAUAGAAUAGAAUAAAAUAAAAUAAAAUAAUGGUUGGGCCAUUUCAAAUCAAAACGCCCUUUUUUUCGGUUUUCCGUUUCUCGCCGUUGGCAUUGGCACCUGCCUUCCCCUUCUGUCUCUCUGAUCCCCCCACCUCCUGAAACCAUCGAAUUUUCCGCUCUCUGCACCCUCCUUCGAUCGGAGAUCGGAGGGCAGAUAGGAGGAGGAAAAAGUUAUGGCGCAUCGAGUGGAUCAUGAGUAUGAUUACCUGUUCAAGAUCGUGCUGAUCGGUGAUUCUGGCGUGGGGAAAUCGAACAUCCUGUCGAGAUUCACCAGGAAUGAGUUUUGUCUGGAGUCUAAAUCGACCAUCGGCGUCGAAUUCGCGACCAGGACUCUUCAGAUAGAAGGGAAAACCAUCAAGGCACAGAUAUGGGACACUGCUGGUCAAGAGAGGUACCGUGCGAUCACCAGUGCAUAUUACAGAGGUGCAGUGGGAGCACUCCUAGUCUAUGACAUAACAAAGAGGCAAACAUUUGACAAUGUACAGAGAUGGCUUCGUGAACUUAGAGACCAUGCCGAUUCCAACAUUGUCAUUAUGAUGGCUGGUAAUAAGUCCGACUUGAAGCACCUACGAGCAGUUUCAGAGGAUGAUGCCCGGCUAUUGGCUGAGAAGGAGGGGCUUUCCUUUCUAGAGACCUCAGCAUUGGAAGCAUUCAACAUUGAGAAGGCAUUCCAGCAUAUUUUGACAGAGAUUUACCAAAUAAUAAGCAAGAAGGCACUUGCUGCUCAAGAGGCAGCAGGGACAGCAGGACCACCCAUUCAAGGAACAACUAUCAACGUUGCUGAUUCUUCAGGGAAUGUAAAGCGAGCUUGCUGUUCUACUUAGUUGAUUAAGUUCCAAAAAGGAGUGCGACAUCAAAGUGGAUCAGCCUUAAAGGCUUCAUAAGAAAUCAACCCAUGUGUAGAUUACUUUUCUACUUUUCCUUAUGCUUCAUUCUGCAGACUCUGGAAGUUAGAUUCCUCUUUUUGAGAAGAAAAUUUUCCAUUAAGAGAUUGAUGACCUGUGCAGUUUAGGUUGUUGAGUUCUUUUGUGCUUCUGUUUGUCAUGGCAUGGAAGCAUGGUAGAACAGUUGAGCACUGAAUUGAGCACUUUUGAGAAUGUGGUGCCUGUUUUAUAUUUUUGAUUUGAUUCUAACUUUUUAUAAUGAAGUUCCUUUUGCAUCA